CUAUAAGUCUUAUCAGAAGUGUGAAGAAAAUUAUCUCAAAGACGAUCCAAGCACGGGUACAACCUUUCAUGAGCAAGCUGAUUUUGCGAAACCAAUUUGCGGGAAUAAAAGGCCGUCAAAGCCACCAUGUUUGCUUCAUCGCCAUUGAACUUGUCGAUAGCAGAAGGAGGAGUGGAAAGCUUGAUCUUGUCCUAAAGUUGGAUAUCGAAAGAGCAUUUGAUUCGGUUAGCUGGAAUUGCUUAUGGGAAGCCUUAAACGACCUAGGCUUUGAUUGGAGAUUGACUAAAUGGAUUAAAGGGAUUGUUUCAUAGCCAAAGCUCUCGGUUCUAGUCAAUGGAGACUGGAGAGUCAUCUGGCUUCUUCGGUAUGCAUUGAGGUCUUAAACAAGGGGAUCCCUUGUCCCCCUUUUUGUUUAAUAUUGUGAUGGAUGUGUUAUCUUUCAUACUGCCGAAGAUCCGGGAUGCAGUUUUUUCACAGGCUUUUGCACGGAUGAGAGGCGCUGCCUGGGGGAAGUAACACACCCCCUUUUUGCUGAUGACGCUAUCAUAUUCACUGGCGCAACUGAGGAUAACGUAACUAGUAUUGCAGCAGGCCUCAUGGUCAACUUUGGCAAGAGAAAGUUGUUUCCAGUGGGAGAUGUGCCAGAAAUCAUUAGGUAUGUCGAGUUGUUGGGUUGUGAUUGAGAAUUUCUUCCCACGAUUUAUCUGGGAAUGUCAUUAGGGGCGACUGCUUCAACAAAUACAUUAUGGAAUGAGAGCCUCUCAAAGCUGCAGUGGAAAUUGUCGGGAUGGAAAGGAAAUUGCCUGUCAAUGGGAGGGCAAAUCAUUUUGUGUAACUCCGUUUUGGCUGCUCAACCAGCAUAUUUAUUUGCCCUUUUCAAAGCUCCUAGAAAGAUUAUUAAUAGCAUGGAAAAAGUGCAUAGAGACUUCAUUUGGAGCGACACGAUGGUGAAACAGAUAUUGCACUUGGUUUCAUGGGAAAAUUGCAAAACACCGAGGAAUAAAGGGGCUUCAGUUUACCUGAUCUUGAGUGUCCCAACCUUGUGUUACUGAGCAAGUGGUGGUGGAAGGCUGCAACUGAGAAAGAUGCAUGGUGGCGUCAUUUGCUUGCCUUCAAAUAUCCAAAUUCGAAUACAUAAUGGUUGUUGGGCUCGGCUCAAGGCAGUAUGGGGUGCCGCCCGUGGAGUCAGAUCAGCAAACUUAAGCCAUUGAUCUGGUCGAGAGCCAGGUUUGAAGUUAGAUGUGCUUGGCUUUCCUUCUGGCACGACAAAUGGACUACAACUGCAACACUUGCGAAAGUCUACCCAAGAGUUGUUGUUGCCGCCGUCAAUCCUAACAGUAUGGUACUUGAGAAUAUCGUUAUGAUUUCCAGGAGAUACAAAUUUCCCGGGGAAGACUAUUUGGCAGCAAUCAGUACAGUUAAAAGUAUGUUUCUUCAUCUGGGCGACCUACCUAAGGAAGAUUCUCACGCAUGAGAACCUGAAGAAGAAAGGGUGGUUCAUGCCAAGUAGGUGCGUGAUGUGCCAUGGUGCGGAGGAAGAUAUAGAUCACCUUUUUUAUACUUGCAGGUUUGCUGAAGAGGUGUGGAGACUUCUUAGUAGAUUCAUAUUCUUCGACAUGGACAAGAUGCAAAGCGGAAAUAUUACUAUGAUUUUGGAUAGGUGGGAUCAGCAGAAACCAAAAGACCCUAAGGGGUGGUGUACAAAGGUUGCAAUACAUGCUGUCUGUAGUACCUUGUGGAAUGAAAUUUGAGAAUCUUCGAGGGAAAGAACACAACAGAGAAGGUAGUUUGCUGCGGAAUUGGGACACUUAUCCAUAGCUGGCUUACAAGCGCAAAGAAAGUUGACAGGAGUGUCGCCGAUACGUGGUUGGAAAACUUGAAAAUAUGCUUUACUCCCAGGAGAGAUGAUCGACUGAUGAAGUACAGAGUACUGCUCCGGGAUGAAGGUGGUGGAGAUAAUUUUUCAUUUGAAGUUUGCAAGGGAUUGAGUAUUGUGCUCUAUGCCUGGGCAGAUCACUUAGUUUCUUCUCAGAUCGGAUCAGACUCGACAAGUUUUGAUUUAUUGCAGAGCAUCCCAGAAGCCUCUACGGAUGGUAGUAUUGUUUGAGGAUGGGAGUGCCAUUGGGCGUUGGGAGUGGUAUUAUAAUAUUGGAAUGUCACCCUGAGUUUUUGGUGAGCCUGGUGUUUUUGGCUCUGUCGAUAGUUAAGGCAAUUGGUUCUUGAGGGCAUCAUGCUUAUGUAAUUUCCACUUUGUAAUUUCUUUUCUUUAUUAAACUAAUGAAUGUCAUCAUUAUAA